CAACGAACAAAGGUGAGGUCGUUCUCGUGCCGCACCUUUUAUAUUCCAGGUUUGUUCGAGAUCGGACUAAUGCUUUAACUUUAGUGAAGUGAUUCUUUUUUAUUUUCGUGUUUUCGUCAUCAAUGGAACCUCCAAGAUUAUUUGUAGUGUUGUUAAUCCCCGUCGUUGUGGUGGUGGGACAGUUUAAUUGGCAAGUACGGGAUAAGUUCGAUGAAGUCACAAACAGGAUGAGAAAAGUGACGGAAGAUAAUUGUAAAAUUGUAGACAUCAAUGAUAUGUUUUUGCCAAAUAAAACUGUAACCCACGUACCCAAUACAAAACAAUUGGGUAUAGAUCCCGUUUUUCCUAAUAGAACGAACCUUCUCCACAUUCAUAACAUGGCAAUAUCGCGUGCUUUCUUUUACAGUUACAUUCUUCAGAAGGCUGCAGACAAUGAUGAACCUGGUUUUAUGUAUUAUUUCUUGUCCACAAUUGCUGAUGUUGCUUCUAACAGAUUUAUUAAUAGUAGUGCAAUUUAUUUUUCUCCAAAUGUAUCUUAUACACCAUCAUAUAAAGGCUUCUUUAAUAAAACCUUACCUCUUUUUGCACCUAGAGCUUUUAGGUCUGAUGAUUUCAAUGAUCCUUUUCACUUGGAAAGAAUAUCUACUUUAAAUACUAUUGAAGCAGUUGAUCUUGGAGCUAUACCUAGUGACUCAAUAAGUGCUAAUUACACCAGAGAAGAAUAUAAAAUAAAUGAAUGGUAUUCUGCUUGGCUUCCUGAUUCAACAAAACGUCAUGAUACAAAAACUACUUAUCAUGUGCAAAUUACUCAUAAUAAUGGAACUAAUGAAACUUUUGUAUGGCAUGGACCACCAGAUGCAUCUGAACAGAUUGGUCCUGUAAAAUGGAAUAGACCUUACUUUGAUUGUGGAAGAUCAAAUAAAUGGAUUUAUGGUGCAUCUGUUCCAUUUCCUGACAUCUAUCCUCGCCAUACAGGAUGGAGACAUAUUGAAAUACCUAUAUAUGUUGGAGUGGCAGUAAUGGAAUUAGAUUUUGAAAGAAUUGAUAUUAAUCAGUGUCCACUUGGGAAUGGAAAUCCUCCUCCAAAUUAUUUUGAAAGUACUGCCAAAUGCAAAAAAGAUACAACAGAGUGUGAACCUAUUCAUGGCUAUGGAUUUCGAAGAGGUGGUUAUCAAUGUCGUUGUCGACCUGGCUAUCGUCUGCCUCGUGUAGUUCGUAAUCCAUAUUCAGGUGAAAUAAUUGAAAGGGCUACUGGAGAGGAAUAUCGUAAAGGCUUUCAUUGUGACAAAAUAAAUUAUCUGAUGGCAAUUACUCAAAAAAUUGAAAGAUUGUCACAGGAAGAUAGAAGGUAUUAUAUUGAAAGGGAGAUGCCUUAUAGUAAUGUUGGAAACAUUUCUGCACAGCGUCUAGAUCCAACAACAUUUUUAGAAUAUAUUUAUAAAAAUAUCACAAAAGAUAACUGUUCUAAAAUUCUUGAAGAAUCUCCAGAAAAGUUAAUAUUACGAGGGGAUGUUGCUUUUGGUAAAGAAGAGCAAUUAGAAAAUGAAGCUCGAAUGGCACUUCGUCUUGCAAAUUUUAUAUCUGCUUUCUUGCAAAUUGUAGAUCCUAAGGAAAUGUUUGCAGAAUAUAGGGUACCUGAUAAACCGUUAACUGUUGAUCAAAUUAUAGGUGAAAUUUUAUCUAUAGUAACUGGUGAUAAAAAAAUCCAAGGAGCUGGUGUUUAUUUUGACAGAAAUCAAUUCCCUAAUCGUACAUUAUUUGGUCCCUAUGUUUAUAGAAAACAAAGAAAUGCUCGUCAAUUUUUUGUUGAUGAUAACAUAUAUAAAAAUAAAGAAAAUUCUUAUUUAAAUAAAGAUUGGUUUAAUAAACUGAAAAUUCGUUGGUCAGCUAAUACUGAUGAAUUGGAAACAUAUACUACAAAGAUUGAUAUAAGAUAUAAUUCAACAGGCUUACAUACAAUUCAUUAUGAUCAUUAUCCAUUACAAUAUAAAGCAGCAGCUAUCAACCAUGGUUAUUGGACAUCACCAUAUUUUGAUUGUGGAGGUUUUCAUGAAACAUGGUUAAUUAAAUAUGCAGCUCCAUUCUUUGGAUGGGAUAAAAUAAAAAAUCGUUUAGAAUUUAAAGGAGUAGUUGCUGUAUCAAUGAGGCUGGAUGAGUUGGAUCUUAAUCAAUGUCAAGACGAAUAUUAUGUUCAAAAUGCCUUUAAAAAUACCCAUAAAUGUGAUAGACGUUCUUCUAGGUGUGUGCCCAUACUUGGACGAGGAUUUGAAGCUGGUGGUUAUAAAUGCGAGUGCCUUCAAGGUUACGAAUACCCCUUUGUUGAUCCAAUUACUUACUUUGAUGGACAGAUUUUAGAAGCAGAAUUUGAAAAAGCUUUUAAAGAUCAACCAAGUCGGUUUGACACUCAAAAAUGUAGAAUUGCGGGUAGUGUAACAGUCCAGGCUAAUCUUAUAAGUAUUUUGUUACUACUAAUUCUUAACAGAGUAUUUUUUUAAAAGAUAUUUCAUUUUAUAAAUUAUGUGAACUUUAUAUUAUUGUGUUGUAUUAAAAGCUUAUUACAGUAAUUUUUAUAGUUUGCAUGAUAAAUCAAAAAUUACAGUAUGAAAUUGAUUGUCUUUAAAUAAAUAUUUUAUACAAGUUUGGAAUUUUUAAUGU